CGCGAUAAAUAACAAUAAUAAUAAUAGCAAUUACAAUUGCUCCAGCACUGACGAGCUCUCCAACGAGAAAUAUAACGAUUCUAACUUUAUUUAUGAGCGGGCUCGCAGUCAGAGUGUAUUUCAUAGUUAUAAAAUGCAACCCCAGAAUCAAGCGCCCGUUAGCAAUCCCAAUGAUACUCAGACGAGCACGGGGGGAUGCUGCAAUAUAGGACCCACCCCGACUCCCGUCAUCUUUUUGUUUGUCACGUUGCUUAUGACGACCAGUGCAACAGCCAUGCUAUGCGCCGCUAUCAUGACCGAUCAUUGGGAACAUGUCACCUGGGAUCGUACUAGUUUAGAUAAACUUGCGAAUGAAUCCUCGACACACAAUUUGCAUUGGUUGUUGGAUGGACGAGUCGCGAGAUUACCAAUAAAGAAACAUGGUGACCGAGGCGGUGUAUUUCUAGUGCCCAUGCACGGUGGGAUCUGGACACUUUGUAUCGAUCUAACAGAGCAUGAUAUGCGUCUUCUAGGACGAGUAGGAUUCCCGCAUGUAGCGCCAUGUAUCAACUAUUUAGCGGGCACAAUGGAGAAUGCAAGGGGUGAAGAGCAGCGUAACGAUUGGCAACAUAGAAUGCAAAAUCUGUCGAUAUCAUGCUCGCUCGUUUGCUUGAUAAUUCUGGGGAGUGCAGCUCUUGUUGGCGCAUUUGGAGUAUGCCAACGUCAAAUCAGUGCAAUACUUGUUACUGGAGUGAUGUACUUAUUGGCAGCCCUCUUCGCACUAUUCACUCUUAUGAUAAUCCAUUUCAAACGUCAACAAGGUCGACCAUUACUGGAUAGCGAUUUCGAUGGGACUGUUGACGGACUAGUAGCAGUACGUGGCGCAGCAAAAGCAGCACAGAAUCUCCUUGGCGCUCGGGUCUUCACAACAUCAUGGUCACUCGAUCUAGGAUGGGGUGGAGUAGUUUUAUGUUCAAUAACUUCAAUUCUUUGGAUCCUGCUGUCGAAAAUCAUGAGAUAUAACCCUUUUUCAGCCUUAAUGAUAUAAGUAAAAAACUCCCAACAUAGCUCCAUCCGCAAGAAAAGAUUGAAGACAACAGAAAAUCUAAAUCUGUUUGAAAUGUGAACUACAGAAAUACGUUACAUACAUUGUUGAGAUUUGAGAUAUGGUUUUAAACGAUAUAAUUUUUAUAAAAACAAGAAAAAAUUAUACAAAAAAUAUCACGCUUACUAUCAUGUAUUGUCUUAACGUUAGACCAUCAUUUAAGGACCUUAUUCUGUUAACAUCUCUUCGGAAAUUAUUCGUGUUUUUACUACAAACGCCAGUUGCCUUUUAUUAACGAACACAUAUAUUCAUAAAUCUAGUCCUUUCAAGUCAGUUUCAACGAAUGCUCGUUUUAAAUCCACCAAGAAAUUAUUUCCUAAAAUUGCUUUUAAACGUAGUUUUGAAAUGAACGUAAGAUGGAAAGGGAUAUUUAUCGGAAUAUGUUAUUCGCAACGAUUUAAGAUGCAAUGCUUUCAUUGCCGUUAUACUACUUUCAACGAACAAGAAAAUGAAAUUGAAAAAAAAAUUGGUCUAAUGCUGAAUAUUUUUUUGUGAACGCUUUUGCCUUAAUAAAAAUUCUAUACAAUA